CGAUCCUGCGAGCUGGCCCACCUCUCCUAAAAAUUUGUGAAAUGACAGGAAAAGGAUAGGAGGCACAUAAAUAUGGUUUUGUUCUAUUGUGAUAAUGUGAAGUAAGAAAAAGUAAAGGAGGAGGGAGAAAGAAAGUGCACUGUGAUGGAGAUGAACACAGUGAAGAUUUUGUUAGGAGCAGUUUUGGUGUUGUUGAUUCAUGUCUUCAAUGUUUUGGUGUUGAGGCCAAGAUCAAUGAGAGCAAAGCUUCAGAAGCAGGGGAUUAAAGGGCCUUCUCCUCACUUCUACUUUGGCAACAUCCCAGAAAUGAAGAAUAUUUUGCUUCAAGUUCAUUCAACACCAGCCACUGAAGAUAAAGAGAAAGAUGAAGACUUUUCUGUCUCUCACAAGUGGCCUUUCACUCUCUUCCCUCAUGUUCAAAAGUGGAUCAACCAAUAUGGUCCCAUAUACUUGUUUUCUUCUGGGUCUAUUCAGUGGCUAAUGGUGUCAGAUAUAGAGAUGGUGAAGGAAGUGGUCAUGCACACCUCUUUGAAUCUAGGGAAGCCUACUUAUCUGUCCAAAGACAUGGGGCCACUCUUGGGAAAAGGCAUAAUGACAUCAAAUGGGUCAAUUUGGGUUCAUCAGAGGAAGAUAAUUGCCCCAGAACUAUUCCUUGUUAAAGUGAAGGCAAUGAUUAAUCUGAUAGUGGACUCAACAAAUACAACACUAAGGUCUUGGGAGGGUAGACUUCAAGGUGAGGGAGCAGUAUCAGAGAUUAAAAUUGAUGAAGAUCUUCGAAGUUUGUCAGCUGACAUAAUUGCCAGAGCUUGUUUUGGGAGCAAUUACAUUGAAGGAAGAGAAAUAUUCUCAAAGCUCAGAGAUCUUCAAACUAUCUUGUCCAAGCGUCAUUCUGGAAUUCCAGGCUUUCGAUACUUGCCAAACAAAAGCAACAGAGAAAUGUGGAGAUUGGAGAAAGAGAUAGACUCAAAGAUAGCAAAGCUCAUAAAGCAACGUUUGGAGGAAACUCAUGAGCAGGAUCUCUUACAAAUGAUUCUUGAGGGUGCAAAGAACUGCGAGGGUGGUGGUGAUGGCCUCGUAUCAGAUUCCAUCUCACGUGACAGGUUUGUGAUAGAUAACUGCAAAAAUAUAUUCUUCGCUGGACAUGAGACUACUGCCAUCACAGCAUCAUGGUGCUUAAUGCUGUUAGCUGUGCAUCAAGAUUGGCAAGACCGUGUUCGAGCUGAAGUGCUUGAAGUUUGUGGAGAAAAUGCUCCUGAUGCAGACAUGCUCAAAAGUUUGAAAACUUUAACCAUGGUGAUUCAAGAGACUCUGAGGCUGUAUCCACCAGCAGUAUUCGUUGUUAGAACAGCUCUUGAAGAUGUAAGUCUAAAAGGGUUACUAAUUCCAAAAGGAAUGAACAUUCAGAUUCCACUCUCGGUGCUGCAGCAUGACCCUCUUCUCUGGGGUGCUGAUGCUCACAAGUUCAAUCCUGAAAGAUUUGAAAAUGGGGUGCUUGGAGCAUGCAAGGUUCCACAAGCUUAUAUUCCAUUUGGAAUAGGGGCACGUGUGUGUGUUGGACAGCACUUAGCCAUGGUAGAACUGAAGGUGAUUUUGUCUCUGAUUCUGAUGAAGUUUCACUUCUCUCUCUCACCAAGUUACUGCCAUUCACCAGCCUUUCGUUUGGUCGUGGAACCUGGCCAUGGAGUUGUUCUUCAGAUGACAAGAAUUUGAGCAACUGUGUAACAUUUCUCUUUGUUCUUUGAGGUCCUCUUUUGCUUUUUGUGCUCAGAAAAUGGGGUGGAUAUGAACACAAUAAUACAUCACUUUUCGUAGCAGAUGAGUGAUGAAAACAUGCAGGAAAUGUUGGUUGUUUUUUUUAUUCCAAAUAAGAGAACAAUCAUUAGUUUUCUAA